AUGGCUAUAUCAGAUGCAGAUGGAAAUUUUUUGGCUAUUGAUGUGGGUGAGUAUGGACGAAAUAGCGAUGGAAGAGUGUUUAGAGAAGGUUCUAUAGGACAAGCGAUAAUUCAAAAAACAUUAGAUUUACUACAACCAUCAUGUCUACAAGGAGAAAAUAACAAACCACCUUUUCCAUAUUAUUUCGUAGUCGAUGAAGCCUUCCCUCUUCUUGAAAAUCUAAUGAACCCUUAUCCUCGACGUCAAUUAAAUAAUACAAAACGUAUAUAUAACUAUAGAAUUUCAAGAGGCAGAAAAUCAAUUGAAUGCGCUUUUGGAAUGCUUGCAACAAAAUUUAGGAUUUUAAAUACACCAAUAAGCCGUAAAACAGAAAAAAUUGACACCAUGAUUAAAGCUCUUUGUGUUUUACAUAAUUUUAUUCGCUUACACGACGGAGUAUUUACAUUACCCUCAGAAAUUUUUAAUAAUGAUGAUGAAGAUGGAAACCAUUUUGAAGACGAAUUUCAGCAAAACAAUCAACAAUUGAACAGAACAAGACCAACAAAUACUGCAAUUGAGUUACGAGACAGACUACGUUCAUAUUUUAUACAACCCUAUGCAGCACUUCAUUGGCAAAAUAAAUAUAUCACUGGUACAGUAUAA